GCUUCUUGCUAUAUUAUGGCAGGAGAAGAAACGUGUGUACUCUUUGGUAAAGUAAUCUCUGAAAGAGGAAGUCCGUGCGUGGUUCUUCAUACGCAGUGAAACUCAGUUAAAUCUAGAGUCUCUAUCCAGUCUUGCUUUUUCAACGUGGGCGACACCGCACUUAUAAAUGGAGACGCUGCACGGGAGCGAAAGUCCGACCUGCGCGUGCAAAAUCAACGACAUGGAAGAAGAAGAUUACUGCUCUGGAGAGGAGGAAAUCUUACCCCGGCAAAACACUUUAAGUCAACUUGUCAGUCAGAGGGAGAGGCGACUUCAGCAGAUAGUGUGGUUCUUAGCCGUGAUUCUGGCUGUAGUGCUGUUACUAGCUGCUGCUCUGCUGGUCGGCCUGCUGCUGGGACUGAGAGCUGAACCUGCGGACACACAGCACUCGAAGCAUUCUGAAAGAUUUUCCUCUGACAGCAGCAACGAACAUCACAAAGAAAUGGAAGACAUGAUUCCAAGCGCCAUGCUGACACGUCCUACUGAGAUGAACUCUAGUUUGCCCUACCUUGAAUGGGAAAGUAAAUUAGGAAAUGUCCACGUCGAAGGAGGUUUCAACUACUCCCAUGGAAACCUUGUGGUGCCCAGAAAAGGCAAGUACAGAGUUUACCUGCAGAUCACCUACGAGGGUGACCAAUCCGAAAGUUGUAAUGGAGAGAAGAUGGUACUCAAGAACUCUGUGUUUCUUUUCAGUGACAGUUACCGUAAAGACACACUUCUCCUGUCAUCACAGGACACAGUGAAGUGCGACAUGCAUAAUUGGAGUAAAUCCCUCUAUACAGCGGCCUCAUUUGAACUGGAGGCAAACAGCAGACUAUGGGUGCGAUCAUCACACCCUGGUUUUAUUGCCAAAAAUUAUGUUUUCACGUUCUUUGGUGCAGAAUUUCAGACAGGUCAUGUCUCAGACACCUAAAUCUAAUCAGAUCUUGAGGUAGUACUGCAUGAGAAUUUAAGAGAAGACACCAGUGUAGUUUUAUGCUUUCCUUUUUACUAUUCCUGCUUAUGAAAAAGUGUAAACCCACCGAUGAAUUUUGCAACAUUAAGAAGCAAGUAGUAUUUACUCUACUGCAGGUUUGCCUUAUCUUUGUCAAGUUAUAAUAAGCUGCAUAGUUUUUAAUUCAUUAAUAACAGCUGACACAGACGUACUGCACCCCAAACAAUGAUUCAACUAGAGCCACAACAAUUAGUCGAUAAAACGAUUGGGUGAUCAACAAAAAAUGAAUAUAAUAUAAGAAGUACGGCUCCUAGGCAUUGGCUGGGUAUGUAGUCAGUUGUUUGCUAAUUGCAACAUGCAACACUUUCAUUGCAAGCUAAGAAUUAGCAUCCCACUAUGUGCUGCAGUCACAAUGGUAGUCUUUUGUCAUAAGUUUCAACCAGGGGCCACAUGUGUGUAGAUUCAUGACUAACACUGUGUAGAAGUACAAAGGCAGAAAUAUGCGCACCCGUUUUUUCUAAGCAUGCCUGUGUUACAUUAAUCCCAAUCAUUGUGGAAACUGGCACCCAUGCAUAAACGUCAUUAAAACUCCCACACUCCAUCGUGAAAACCAAUGCCCUGACACGCCCUGGAUGAGCUGUUUUCAUAUCAGUUUACCACCUGCUCCUCCAGUCUGUGCACCAGUCUACGCAAUAAACAGGAAAGAGGAAGGGCAGUUUCACCACUAAGGUUCUCCAACAGCCACAACAGCCAGUUGCUGUGUGGCUCUUUAUAGCCUCCAUAUCAUUAAUUCAACACAUGGACCUGUAAACCAUCAGCAGUCUACACCAACUGUACAAGGUGUGAUAGGAGUGUUAACGGCAAAAUAAAAUGUUGACAUUUCCUAUGUAAAUGAAAUAAGUGAUAAAAUAAUCAGUAUUACAUUUGCAAAUGUACUUUUGAUUGGCGUUUUAUAACUUUCUGUAAGCAGUGCAGCUGGAGCCUUCAGAUCUUUUUUAGAUAGACAUAGACAUCCUGGUCUGAAGAAUGCAUGAGGUGUGCACAUUCUCACCAUACAUUGUCUGCUUAUGUGUGGGAAAUGGUGCAUGUAUGGUUUGUGUGUGUACACAGUGUAUAUGCAUGUGGCCCCAGGUCUCCCAUUGAUAGCUGCAAAGAAAAUGAUAAUGAUCUUUAUUUGGCCAACCCACGAUCAAUAUUAUAAUCAUUAUUAUUAUCAUUAGUAUUAUUAUUAUUAUUUACACAGUUGUAACCAGGUCAUGUAUUUUUAUGAGCAUUAUUGCCUUCAUCUGAUUGUAGCUUUAGGGAGUUUUUCAUUAUUCAAAUCAAAGAUCUAAGUUUAGAGGAUGUUGUAAUCCUGGACAGAUAGUAAAGCCCCAUGACUUGAGGACUGUGGCCAGUAACAAAGGAAUUUGUGAAUGAAAGCAACUUUUUACAGUUUGGAAAAACAGAAGUCAGGGGGAAAAAAGGAAAUAGCAGAAGAUCAACAGAAGACUUCUACAUUUUAUUUUCAAUGAAGUUGUAGAAUUUUAAGAGUCAUGAUUUUUGGUUUAACACUAUAAUAUGUAUGAAGAGAGGUCUGGUGGUGUUAUUUUCUUAUUGUUGUGCCAUGUAAAUUGCAACACACAUGCAUGAUCAAUCUCAGUGUUGUCUAUAUUGUGGGUCAACACAUUGUAGUGCAAGUAGUACAAGGCUGAGCCACUCAGUGUUAUUGUUCAUAAAUGCCUUUCCAGAUGUUGCCAUAGCCAACUUGGCUUGGCUACAGAUGUUUUUAGCAAACAGUGUGGAAUGAAUUACUGGAAGGCUGUCACACAUUAACCCAGCCAAUGUCUACACAGUCUGCUAUGAUGGUCACAUUCUUUAUUUUAUGUUUUUAAAGUAUGUGUUCAUGAAGAUGAAAAUGAAAAUGCAGAGCUACUUACACCACUGCCUCGCCAGUGGUACCGUGUAUAUGCUUUAGAUGCUGUAUAAUCACAUUUAAAAUAACUGUGCGCCCAUGUGAGCAGUACGCAGCUCACACACACACAUGCACACACACACACAAACACACACACACACACACACACACACACACACACAGUGUCUGAAAGAGGUAUUUGUACUUUCAUUGAUUUUAUAAGACACCUGUUGUGAAACGUGCCUAUUAAACAGAAUGUUUGAGAAAUGUAUACUGUUGUACUGUACCUCUCAGUUCUGUCUUUAUGGGCUGUGCAUCUGCCUACAAGCGUUUGAGGAAAGUAAGAAUGUUGUGCUGUUGAUCUGAUGGAGGGAAUAAAAGCAUGAAUACAUUUUUCUGUAUUGCUAAAAGAUGACAGUGUUCUGAUCUUGGAAAUAUAUAUGUUGAGUAUGACAUGAUUGUACCAAUUUGUUUGUGUUUUGUCCAAGUUCACAUAAAGCGGGCCUAGCAGUGGUUGGACUUGAUUAUGGAUGUACUCAGGGCUGGUGUUCAGCACUUCUUAUGGGUUGGGAAAAUAUAUUGAAUUUGAGUUUUUUUUCACCAUGGGGCUCAAUGUAAGCUAAUGGGAUGGGAUAAUAUAUUCUGUAAGAAGGUGCAAGGUGAUGUUGUGCAAGUAUGCUUAUAUAUUUAGCAAGAUGUUUUUAAUUUAACUAUUUAAUUAAUUGCUUACUGGGCACUGUACUCUGGAUUGAUGCUAUGCAAAUUGACUUUUUCUUACUUUAAAAGAAAUCAUAUCAUUUGUGAAUUUUUAUAUUUGUACAUGUGUUUGUUGUGCAUAAAGUCUCUAAAGGAAAUGUUAAUAAAAUAAAUCUAA